AACAGUUGAGGGGGCGGGGCUUCAUAGCCUUUACCUCAGCUCAAGAACCGUUGUUUGCAGAUUUACCAGAAGUCUGCUCAGGAAAAAAAUAGCUAUUUAAAGGAAUUCACCAUACUUGUACGGCAACAAACACAACGACGAAGCGGUUACUUCCAAGUAUCUGGAACGCAAGACAGGAUUGAGAGACCAUGGAGGCAGGAGAGGACCAAAACUCUGGCUCUGCCAAUGGCAACACUCAGUCAGGAGGGAACUCCCGCCCUCCUCAGAUCGCUCAUAUGUCUCUGUAUGAGAGACAAGCUGUACAGGCCCUGCAGGCAUUGCAGAGACAACCAAAUGCAGCUCAGUACUUCCAGCAGCUGAUGCUACAACAGCAGAUCAACACCGCUCAACUGCAUAACCUCGCUGCUGUACAACAGGCCACUCUUGCAGCCAGUCGUCAGUCCAGUUCUCCCAGCAACAGCGUCUCCCAGGCCACCAGCACCACCCACUGUACCGUCAACCUCAGCACCUCCUCAGGGGGAGGCACCAUGACCAACCCCCGGCCCAUCGGACCUGCCACCUCGGCCACGUCCUCUGGCCUCACUCAGCCCGUGCUGCUGGGGGGCAGCUCUCCUGGGCAGGGGCAGAACCUGUACCUGCGGGUCAACCGACCCCUCAGGACACCUCUGGCCUCCCAGCUCAUAUUUAUGCCUGGCGGCACGGCAACAGCGGCUGUGGCAACUGUUGCCCAGCAGCAACCGCAGCAGCCGCAACAUCAACAACAUCAACAACAACAACAUCAACAACAACAACAUCAACAACAACAACAACAGCAGCAGCAGCAGCAACAACAACAGGAAGUCCCUCCUACCUCUAUGGGACAAUCACCAGACAAUGACCAGGUCCAGAACUUGGCUAUGCGUUGUGUGUCCACUCCCCGUGUGGCAGCAGUGAAGACGGAGUUCCCUGAGAGGAAAGAUGCAGCCACAUACUCCAUCCCCCAGCAUCAGCAGCAUCAGCAGCAUCAGCAGCAUCAGCAGCAGCAGUUCUCGCAGGCGGUGGCCGCGGCGGCAGCAGCAGUAGCGCACCAGAGUGCCGCUCCUCAGCAGCCACAGCUCUCCAGCCCCAAGCUGGCCUCCUACGCUCACCCCAGCGCUCCCGGUGUGCCCGGCGGCAUGGCCGGUAAGAGUGCGGGCCAGGCCAACAUGGCUGCCAACCCCAACGCUGCGGGCUCCGCUGCCGCCGUGCCACCCUCCUCCUCCUCUCCCUCCUCCUCCUCCUCCUCCUCGGCCUCCACCGCGCUGCCGCUGUCGCAGCUGCUGCUCUCGCCGUCGGGGCUGUGUCAGGCGCGGGCGGUCACCACCGUCACGCCGGCCGCCACCGUCACCCACAUCCUGGUGCCCACAUCCAGCGUGCCCACGUCCUCGCAGGGCUACACCAUGGGCACCAUGGCGACCAAGGCCAACCUGGGCGCCCAGACCCUGGUGGUGCAGCCCAUGCAGCAGCAGCCGCAGCAGGGAGUGACCGGUGGCGCGGCCGACAAGCUGUCGCACAGCACCACGCCAGUGCCCAUCCAGCCCAAGACCGCGCAGGGCCACCGGCUGCCCAUGCAGAUGCCCCCACGCCACCCCCCUCCCAUCCUCCCCGCUCCUCCCAGCCACAGCCAGCCGUCCGCUGGGCACCACCCGCCCCACGUGCCUGUGCAGCUGGUUGGCGCCAGGCAGGGCACUCUGGGAAACUCCCAGGCUGUGGCGCUGGCGCACGCCCGGAACUGCUUCGCUCAGGAACAGAGCGUAACCCUGGGCAACAACAGCAGCAACAACAGCAGCAACGGCGUGCCCGCCGCCAACAGCAACGGAGGCAGCAUGGUGGCCAUGGUGACGUCCAUGGAGGCGGGGGCAGGAGGAAUGUGCCUUAAGACUCCCCAAAGUGCCGUACCGGUCAGCCAGCUGCUGGCCAGUCAGCAGGCAGCGCUGAACCCCAACCUCUCGUCUUCCUCGUCCUCCUCUCCUCCUGUCUCCAUCCCCCACUCCAUGGAUGGACACAGCCAUGGCCUAGUGUCCGUGGUGGCGCCCUCCAAUGGAGAGUCUGUGUUUAUGCAGUCUGGACCAACAGCGACGAAGCCUGUGAUUGGCUCCCUGAAGAGGAAGUCGGAGUCUGAUGGCCCCAACGACCUAUCAGGAGAGGCCCUCCCUCAUUGCUGUCCGUCAGUGCGAGACUCUGCUCCCCCCCUCUCGCCGGCUCCUUCUCUGGACACAGGUGAGGCCCACCCCCCAGAGACGGCCUUCUCCUCUCCUCCCACUCUCCUGCCUCUCCCACGGGGUGGUUGUCAGGGCGACAGGGCCCCCCUCCCCCAGGCGGUGGUAAAGCCUCAGGUGCUCACUCACCUAAUUGAGGGUUUCGUCAUCCAGGAGGGAGCUGAGCCCUUCCCCGUGACAGGACUAGUGAAGGAUCGAGCAGAGGGUUCCAUGUCUAUGACUGUUACAUCCAACAUCCAAUCAGAAACAGGAGGCUCUGCAGUGUUGAAGUGUGAGUACUGUGAGAACUUUGCUCCAGCCAGCCAGUUCGGCGGGACCAAGCGCUUCUGUUCCAAGACGUGUGCAAAGAGGUACAAUGUGAGCUGCAGCCACCACUUCCGCAGCAGUAGGGGGAGAAUGGGGGGGGGCGGUCCACCUCCAGCCCCCCCAGAGAAGGACGCGGUGGCCAGACGCAGGGGUCCUCGCAGGAGUAGCUCUGAGAUCGCCUGUGCUAAAAUAGCAGGCCGACAUUUGCCUAUGAAGUGUCGCUCUGAGUCCAGCCGAUCUGAGGACCUGUCCAGCUGUGACGGGGAGGAAGAGGAGGAAGACUCCCUGUCCCUGUCACCUGGCUCCUCCUUUUCCUGCCCUCCUCCUGCUCACUGCGGACCCCAGUUGGACGGCUCGACGGCUGGUGGCCUGCCAUUGGACGGCUCGACGGCUGGUGGCCUGCCAUUGGACGGCUCGCAUUUCCUUUCGGGUAGCCCCGCCCACUGGGGCGUGGACGAAGUCUGUCGUUUCAUUUCGUCUCUGCAAGGCUGCGAGGACCUGGCGCCUCAGUUCCUGUCGCAGGAGAUCGACGGCCAGGCGCUGCUGCUGCUGAAGGAGGAGCAUCUCAUGUCCACCAUGAACAUCAAACUGGGACCAGCGCUCAAGAUCUGCGCCUCCAUCAACAACCUGAGAGACUGAGGACGGGGGGAGAG